AUGAAGAGUGGGAAGUGUUCUAUUGGAUUGAGGCAAACACUACGCCUUCUGCGUAAAGGUGGUGCUAGACUGAUCAUUAUUGCCAACAAUACUCCUCCACUGAGGAAGACGGAGAUAGAGUAUUACGCAAUGUUGUCGAAAACCGGAGUUCACCACUACAACGGCACAAACCGCGACUUGGGAACAGCAUGCGGUAAAUACUUCCGAGUGAGCACACUGGCUAUCGAGGAUCCAGGUAA